AUGGAUUGUAUAUUAGCAUUGAAGGGAAAAGAAUAUGUGCUUACAGCGUCGAACAAAGCAUUUGUUCGGGGAAUUACUGUUCUUAAUGAUUCAGACGAUAAAUCAAAGUGUUUAAAUCUUCAUAAUCUUCUUUUAUAUUCUGGAAUGGAAGGUGAUGUACUAAAUUUUUCAGAAUAUAUUCAGGCAAACGUUCAGCUUUAUGAAAUGAAGAAUGAUAUUGAAUUAAAUACUAAAGCAGUUGCUAAUUUUAUUUGGAAGGAGUUGGCCGAUAGUUUGAGAUCACGUAAGCCAUAUGGUGUUAACCUUCUUUUAGCUGGAUAUGAUAUUGUUUCUAGAUCGGUACAACUUUAUUUUCUAGAUUAUCUUUCUACUUUUUCAACUGUUCCAUAUGCAUGUCAUGGUUAUGGGAGUUAUUAUGUAUUGUCUUUAUUGGAUAGAUAUUAUCAACAAGACAUUACUUUAGAUGAUGGAUUAAAAUUAUUAAAAAUGUGUUUAGAUGAAAUGAAAAUGAGGCUUCCUAUUGAUUUAAAAGGUUUUGUAAUAAAACUAGUUGAUAAAAAUGGUAUUUCUAUUAUCGAUGAUUAA